GAGCAAACCCACGAUGCAUCCACGAAGGCUGCUCUACACUCCGUAGCUGUUUUGGCGCCCAACGUCUGUCAGCCUCAGGCGUGCAACUGCCAGCCCGCCGGCGCUCCCCUCCUAAGGCCCGCUCCGCGCAGCCAUGGCCCGCUCCCGCACCGUGCUGCCCCUCGCGCUGGCCCUGGCCAUCCUGGGCGGCGUGGCCUGGCAGGUGGCGCCCGCAUUCGCCGGCCCCCCCCGCGCCUCCGCGGCGCAGGUCGACGUUCGCCUCGCGGCCGCGAUCUCGGCCGGCCUGGUGCCCCUCGCGGUGGAGCAGCCGGCGGGCGCCUACGACAGCGUCGUGGCCAUGCUGCAGAGCUGGCUCGUGGGGGGCACCGUGCUGACCAUCAUCAUCGCGGCGGCGCUGGUGGCGGCGACGGCCAACCCGCUCUCGAAGCGGCGGGCAGCCGUCGCGGCUCAGGUCGAGGGGAAGAGGUGAGUCGCGGCCCCCUCGCUGUUCUGCGAGAGCCGCGCGGCGCCAGCGGCGCGCGUCGUGCCGAGCGGCAGAGUGUUUUUGUUUGGGAGCGCAGCCUGCACUGUCAAGAGGUCUUUGGCUUUUUCGGGCACUCGUUGGAAAAA